GGGACCUUCCAGAAAAGUGAGGGCGACCCUCAUUGGAUGUCCGUGCUGCCUCUGAUGCUGCCUCGCUGACGUGAUCAUUGAUCUCUGACCAUCAUGGUGCCCUCCGUGUCCAUCGGGCCGUACAAGUUGGGGAGCACUCUGGGCGUCGGCACCUUUGGCAAAGUCAAACGUGAGAUCAUAAUCAGAGGCACGGAACGAGAUGCGGGCGCUUACUGCGUUAACGAGAUGCGUUGGUGUUUGGUGGUGUGUUUUGUAUGUGCACUGCAGUGGCUGUGCAUGACACGACGGGUCAGAAGGUGGCCAUCAAGAUCAUCAACAAGUCCAAGAUGCAGUCGAUGGACAUGCACGAGAAGAUCAGGAGGGAAAUCAACAUCCUGCAGCAACUCAGGCACCCGCACGUCAUUCGACUGUACGCACACGCACACACGCCACAACAGGACAGGGCCACUCACAUUGCACCACACCACACACACUCUUGUUGCCUGCCGUGCGACUGUCGUGUGUGUGUGUGUUCAGGUACGAGUUGAUUGACACGCCCACAGACAUCUUUAUGGUCAUGGAGUACGUGCCUGGCGGGGAGCUCUUCGACUACAUCGUCCAAAAGUCGAGGGUAACCACACACCGCACCCAUGGACAGACACCAUGGAGCAUCUAUCUAUCUGUGUGUCAAUCAAUGAUUGUGGUCUUUGGUGCAGCUACACGAGAAUGAGGCGCGUCGUUUUUUCCAGCAGAUCGUGUCUGGUGUGGAGUACUGCCACCAGAACAUGGUCUGCCACCGCGACCUCAAGCCAGAGAACGUGCUACUGGACACCAACCUGCACGUGAAAAUCGCCGACUACGGCCUCUCCAAUCUCAUGAGGUGAGCACAUCGGCAUGCUGGCACUCGCCGCACCACACGCGGCCAUGUGGUUUGCCUUCCUACAGAGACGGCGACUUUCUGAAGACGUCUUGUGGGUCGCCGAAUUACGCCUCGCCUGAGGUCGUCUCGGGCAAGUAAGGCAUGCCACGGCCCGCCGCAAGACACACAUGAAAUGCGAGAUCGUGUAUGCGUGUGUGUGUCAAUCAGGGCGUAUGCCGGUCCAGAGGUGGAUGUGUGGUCGUGUGGGGUCAUUCUCUAUGCCCUCCUGUGCGGCUCGCUGCCAUUCGACGACGAGCACGUGCCGAACCUCUUCAAGAAGAUCAAACACGGUGAGAGGAUUUGCACAGGCGAUGAUGCAUUGAAGGAUGAAAGCUGAGGGAGAAUGGUCGGCACUCUGUCUGUCAGGCAAUUUCACGCUCCCCGGUCACCUGAGUGAGAACUCCAGGAGCCUGAUCGUGCGCAUGUUGGUGGUCGACCCCACCAAGCGGGCCACUUUCAAGGAGAUCAGGUGAGGGGCCACACGCAGCACCACACAGCCGGAUAGAUGGAAUGACAGUGCCUGUCGAUCUGCGUGCAGGAAGCACCCUUGGUUCAAGCAGCACCUGCCCACCUACCUGUCCGCCCCCCUCAAGAACCCCAUGCUGCAAAACGUCGACCACAACCUCGUCGAAGAAAUGAAAAGGGUCGGUGGCGCACCACGGCGGGUGUGUGUGUGUGUGUCGGCAGCAGCAUCUCUUUUCCUCUGUCCUGCCUCUCUGUCAGUUGGGUUAUGACAUCAACGAGGAGACCCUGGUGCUCAAUCCCAAAGUCGGCACUUUUCCAUCCAGGUGCAGUCGGCGCCACUGACCACCACAUGGCUGUGUGUGUGGAUGCCCUGUCUGCUCUCGCUUCAGGGAGACGGUGGCGUACCAACUGCUGCUCGACAAACGAGCCAAACAGUCCUCUUACUCAAGUAGGGAGGGCUGGAGGGAGGGAGGAUAGCGCGACGAGUGAAUGCGCACCAUCAACACACACGUGGUCAUGCGCUGUCCGUCAGACAUGCUACCCAUGCCAUAUCGCGAGCGCGAGAACCUCCCGCCCGUCUUUCCAAAAGACGUCCAGAAAAAGGUCAGUCAGUCGGUCGGUCGGUGCACAGAGUUGUACGUGUCCAUCUGUGCGUGCGCCCUGUGUGGGCGUCUCAGAUAGCGAAUCUGCACCAGAUGGGCGUCUUGGGAGUCGACGCCGCCUACAUGGACACCAACCCAGCGGUACGAUCAACACACCGGGCUGGCUGCCUGUAUGUCUGCCUGCCUGUCUGCCUACUUGUCGUCACUGGUCAGAACUCGCCCAUCGCGCCUGGUGCUCCCCUGGCAGGUCAGCGGACGCCGUCUCCUUUGCAGGGCGGGCCGUACGACUACUCGCCCGGCAACCUGGCGUGGUCAUCAUCCCGGUGGAAGCUGGGCGUCGAGUCGCUCCUGGACUCAUCCACACUCGUCAUCGCCGUAAGCAGACACGCAGAGAGAGAGAGAGCGAGACGAAUAAGGAUGCCCAUGCAUUGUGUGUCAAUAAUUCAUGGAUCAGAUCUUGAAUACGCUCAAGAAGUUGGAUUUCGAGUGGUGCAUGGUGUCGCCUUACAAGCUGCGCUGCCGCCCCGUCCGCCGCCCGCCCCCCGAGACUUCCCACCCCACCAACAGUGACAAUGCCAGCGCCACACAGCAGCAGGGCCACCAGCCCACCCAGUCGGAGGACGCCUCGUCCACACACGAGACUGGCGGUGGGCAGCAGGCCGGCAGCAAUCAGCCCGACGCGUCUGUGUCUGGCACCAAGAGCCCUGAGGGUGGCGGCAGCACGAGCAGCCAGCAACAGCAACAGCAACAGCAGCAGCAGGCGGCGGGCAACUUCAAGCCAUCGAGUGCGUCCUCGUCAGCGUGGCGUGACCACCAGGACAUCGUGCUGACGGUGCAGCUGCACAAGAUCGCCUCCUGCCGCUACCUGAUCGACGUCCAGCUGUUCGAAGGCCCAUCCAUCGGUACGGUCACCUACAAACAAACACACACAUUCACGUCAGCCAUUGAGUGAAUGAAUGGUUCUCUGGUGUGAUGUGUGUUUGUGCAGCUGUGAUGUCUCAGGCGCUGCUUGUGACGUCAGCCAUCUUUUCUGCGGUCCAGCAGGUGCAGCAAACGCAUCAGCAGAACCCCGGCCACCCCAACUGGUCGCCCACCACGCCGAUACGCCUCGGCUCGCAUGGCGGCACACAGGGGUCCGGACACAGGCUGUUCGGGCCGUGAUUCAUUGAUCUAUGGGAGGGACAGGCAGACAAGGCAGAAGGUUUGUGCCGCUGUGUGCUGCGCGUACGUAUACAUGGAAGAUCGCUGAUCGAUACGCAUACGCAUACGCACGAUACGCAUACGUAUACGUAUACGUAUACGUCUGCUUGUGCGUAGAGCGGACUGAGUCACCAACAGACAACCAAACGUCGAGCGUCUUUUCGCUGGCCGUCAAUUACCGAUUUGACUGACUGACUGAUCGGAUCCAUUCAUUGCAGCCUCGCAUCACAGCUGAGUGAGUGAGUGAGUUGAGUGGCGAUGUCUGUCACGACGGCCACGUUGAUCACAGUGCUCCUUUGCCUCGCCGCCGCCACCAAUGCCAAGGCUGCAGGCACACAGCAUUCACAGACACACAGACAGACAGUCACGUGCGUGUCUCUCUCUCUGUGUGUGUGUGUUGGACGGCAGAGAGAGCCGCAUCAUCAUCUCUGCGCCAGGGCACCAACGUCCGGCUGAUCCCUCAGCUGACAUCGGCCCUCUUCGGCCCCACGCCAGCCGCACAGCCCACGCCAGCCGCCCCUGCAGCCGCCACGCUGCCGCCCACACCCAUGGCCACACACAUCGAAAGUAACCAAACAAACACUCAUUGGCUGUCUCCCUGUCUGUCUGCGAUGGAUGGAUGUGUGUGUGUGUGUGUGUGGUUGGAUUGGAUUGGAUUGGGUCAAUCGAUCGGUCAGCGUUCCACAAGGAGCGGCUGCAUGACGAGAUUCAGGAACUCGCAGCAGAAAACGCCAAAAAGUCAGUCAAUCACUCACUCAGCACACACGAGGACACACUGAAUGGCUCUCUCUUUCUCUCUGGUGUCACUGAUUGGUGGAUGAGUGCAGGCAGGAGAUCAUCCAGAAACUCAGUGAGCCCACACACUAACAACACCCACACACAUCCAUCGAUGUGUCUGUGUGUGCAGAGGAGGAGCCGGUCGGGUCGUCGCCGUUGGGCAAACUGGCAUACCAAACAUUCCUCUCCAAGGCAACACACACACACACACACACACAUACAAGGGAGACACACGAAGAGAGAUUCCCACGUCUGUGUGUCUGUGUGUCGAUGGGUUGGUUGACUGACUGGCAGCAACUCGCCCGUCUGCAAUAUCUCCACAACCGACUCCGCGAAGAGUCAUCAGACACACAGUCACACAACAAGAGCAGCAGCUGAUGAGCGUGUGUGUCUGUGUGUGUCUGAUGUGUGCAGGUGGGCCAAGGUCGAUCCGGCAAAGGCAGCAGCCGACAUCGUGUUGGUGGGAGAGAACCAGGUCAGACAGUCAGCCAGACACAGACAGACACACGGUGGAUGUGUGCAUGAUUGUGUGCGCUGUGUGUGUGUUGUGUGUGUGGUUAGUUGGAGUAUCGAACGAGGCAUGAGCGUGAGAUGCAGGACAGACAAGUCGCUGACGACACACAAUGAUCAACGGACGAACUGAGAGUGACUGAGAAAGUGACUGAUGGAGUGGAUUGAUGGGUGCAAUGCAUGACAGACACAGAGAAUCGCCGGCCACACGAAUUGAAUGCAU